AUGCAAGAAACAAAAUCCGGAAAAUGGUAUCGCGGACAUACAAACCCAUUAGUCAACUCACAGUUCUACACCCGCUGUGAAAAAGUGGAACACGAAUUAGCCGUUUGUGGCAAUGGAAAACUGGUGUUGCAGGAUCGUGCGGUUUGCAUUGCUCAUGGAGGUCAUAUGGGCAUUGUAAAGACAAAAGCCCUACUUCGUGAGAAAAUUUGGUUUCCAAGGCUAGACAAAGCAGUUGACCAGGUUGUUAAAAGUUGUAUCCAAUGUCAGGCAGCAACAGCCACACCCAGCAAAGAACCCCUACUAAUGUCCAAGUUACCAAAAGGUCCAUGGAAGGAGUUAAGCAUUGAUUUGGAUGAAUUGCCUUCAGCAUAUCAUCUCGUCAUAAUCGACGAUUAUUCUCGAUUUCCUGUAGUAGAAGUCAUCAAAUUAGUUAGUGCUGCAACUGUCAUUCAAAGAAUUGAUAAAAUCUUUUUUGGUGUACCAAAUGUGCUAAAAUCCGAUAAUGGAUCACCAUUCAACAGUAGAGAUUUCCAGCUUUUCGCAAAUGAUCUAGGCUUCAAACGUCGUAAAAUCACACCAUACUGGCCAAGGGCGAAUGGUGAGGCAGAACGCUUCAUGAAGACCAUCAAGAAAGUCAUCAAGGCUUCCAUAGCAGCAGGUAAAAACUGGAAACAAGAAAUGUUCAGAUUUCUUCGCAACUAUAGUGCAUCACCACACUCAAGUACCAAUGUACCACCAGCAACCGCAUUGUUCUCUAGACCGUUACACAUUAAACUGCCAGGGGUUGUCACGACACCAGAGGACACAGAAAUGCGUACGAAAGAUGAAAUAGCAAAGGAAAAGAUGAAAAUGCAGGCUGAUAGCAAAUCGUAUGUUCAGCCGUCUUCAUUGAAAGACGGAGAUGUGGUCUUGGUUAAACGCAUUUGUAGAAAGAGCAAGAUGGAGACACCUUAUGACCCUCAACCACAUGUCAUCACAAAGAAAAAGGGUUCGAUGAUCUCAGCUGCAAGUGGUGAUCAUUCUGUAACACGAAAUUCAUCUUCUUCAAGAAGAUUGGAGAUCAGUGUGAAUCCACAACUGAAGCUGAAAAGAGAGAUAUUAGUUUUGCUGAAGAUGAAGCUGAGUCACCAAAGCCGAAUAGGAAGCGUCCAGCUUAUCUUCAAGACUAUGUAA